AUGUCUUCCUGCAGGCUGCUACCUCCUUUGGAAAAAGUCUUUGCUUUCAACUGCCCGCUGUUGUUAGUCAUGGCGGUGGAUCAAGUUGCUGCACUUGAGGCCUACGGAAUCCCUGUUGCGACGAUCAACGGUACUACACCAUUACCGGAAAGAAAGGCGAUAAUUGAGGAUCUUCUAUCGGGGCAUCCCAAGACCCGACUACUCUAUGUCACUCCAGAGUUCUGCUGCACGGAAACUUUCCGGCGCAACCUCAUCCGCAUUCAUGCCCAAGGAGAACUGAAUCGAGUGGCAAUUGAUGAAGCGCAUUGCAUCAGCGAAUGGGGCCAUGAUUUUCGCCCAGCAUAUAAAGAGCUUUCUUGGUUCAGGAAGACUUUCACCAGUCCCCUGGUUCCUAUAACCGCGCUCACAGCAACAGCUACGCCCAAAGUGCGCGAUGACGUUGUGAAACUGUUGGGUCUCGAUAGAACCUCGAUAAAAUGGUUCCAUACACCAUCUGCACGUCCCAAUAUUCACUAUGAAGUCAGGUAUAUCGAAGGAAUCGAAGAAGAUGACGACGAAGAAGAAAAGCGAGUACAGGAUCUACUCCAAUGGCUAGACUUUGUUCGAAAUCGUCAUCACACCCGUCACAACCGCGAUAGCUGCUCGACCGAUACCAAUGUCAAACCUCCACCUAUUUCGGGGAUCGUCUACGUACCCUUGCGAUCGGUUGCCGACGAGCUCGCCCGCAUCCUUUCUUGCUCAGGCAGAGAUAUCCACGCAAUAGCCUACCAUGCUGGUCUGCCAGCCUCCGAACGAAAACGAAUCCAAAACAUGUGGGCUUCCAAAGACACGACCGCGGAUGACAUGAAUCAGCAAAACGGUGCUCCUAGACCGGCCUUUUCAAUCGUCGUAGCCACCAACGCCUUCGGAAUGGGUAUCGAUAACCCCCACGUUCGCUUCGUGGUCCAUUGGACACCUCCGCGAAGCUUUGAAGGUCUCGUGCAGGAAUCAGGCCGAGCAGGCAGAGACGGACGCGCCGCGGUUUCCAUAAUCUACUACAACCGCAACGAGCGAGACCGGGUCUUUGAACGGCUCAAAAAGGACGAAAACCCACACGGCGGCCGCGCCGGUAAUCGCUACGCACCUCAAUCAGCGAAUUCCAAAGCCCGCUCCUUGCAGGCGCGAGUUGAGAGCUUUGGCAAAGUAAUAGCCUUUUGCGAAGCAACUAACCGGUGCAGACACCAGAUCAUCAAGGAAUUCUCCGGUGACUUGGAGUUGGAGAAUAUCAUGUCAAGUCAGACUACAGAUCAAGCCUCCUGCUCCUCCUCCUCGUCGUCAUCUCCAUGUGACUUUGCGUGCGACGUGUGCAAAUAUGGGCCUGAGAAAAUCUCUCGGCAAAAGAAAGAUAUGCUGAAGUUCACUGCGCAGCUAGAAGCCGCCGUUAUGGCAGCGAUGCUGCCCGGUUAUGAGAGCUUUUGGUCUUUUUAA